GGCGUUCUUCUCCUGUGCAUGCUCAACCAGACAGCUAUACUAUUUUGUUGUCUUGUUAAACUCACUCCCUUAAUUUCUGCAUGGCACCCCAACUUCACACAAACAUCAUCACUAUAUAUUGAGGGUGCUACACAGAUCUUAAUCCACCAAAUUACCUCCUUCACUUUAACCAAUUCGUUUCUUGAUGGAGCAAACCGAAGAGGGCUGCAACACAAAUGAAAAGAUGGUUACUGGUGUGGAUUCUUCUUCAAAACAUGUUGAAGAAUUCCAACCCCAAAAACAUGAUGAGGAUCCUGGUCUGAAACAAAACCUAACGGAUCCUAAUUUAAGAAGAACGGUCUCAAAUCAUUCUGCCAAAAAGUCAUGGAAGAAGAAGUGGAAAAUUGUUAAAAAAUUGGAAGAUGAGGCCAAAAUGUUGCAGGAUCAACUUGCCAUACUUAAACCACUACAUGAGAGACAACAAAAGCAGGUGCAGCGAUUGAUGGAGGAAGAGAAGGCGUUGCUCCAGGAAAUGCAUGAUCUUCAGGAAAAGGCACUGCUCAGAGAUGCUGAAAAUGAGAAGAACAGAAGCACGAUAAAAACGUUAAAGGAGCUCCGACAAAAGCAGGUAGAGCAAUUGCUUAAGCUUGAUAUUGAUCCGCUUGAUCCUGCGUUCAAUGCUGCAGCCUCAUGUGAAGGUAACAACAGAGGAAGUGGAUCGAAGUCUCCAUGAGAUAAGGAAGAUGGUGACAGCUGCUAUGCAUGAAAUAAAGGAUGAAACCAUGUUCGAAGAGGAACUAGUUUUGUUUAGGCAUAGGAUUUCCAUUUAUUGUUGUUUGCGUAGUCUCUGAAAAAACAAUGUUGUUUGCAUAGUGGUUGUAUAAGUGGAGCUUUUUAUUUAUUGUUAUUGAUUAAUGUUUCAUUUCAA